CAAAGCGCCCAUUCGAGAACUCAGUUCCCGCGCCGCACUGUUUGUGUUCGCCUCGCCGGCACUCGAGCUGCUUUCAUCCACACGGCAGUUGUGAGCAUCCUCGGCGGUGAGGAACGAGGAGAUUAAUUUUGUCAACGAGAAUUUAAUAACGUGAAGUAUUACGAUUGUAAAUUUAAUCGUUGCAUUGUAAAACGACGGCAGAUGGCGCUGUCGAUUUAUAGACAGUUCUGAGGAAGACUAUAUAUUAUAGGGAGAGAGAAGGAUGGUGAUAGGAUUGUAACAAGUCCGAUUCGAUACUCCAACGAUUAUGUUUCUCUGGAUACUAAGUGGCCUGAAUUUUCUCACGGUAACAGUAUUAUGUUUGAACACUGGAAGCGCAGAUAACAAUAGCGGCUGGAGCUUCGUCCCAAACACUCAGUACCAUAUUCAGACGGACGAGGGUCCGGAAAGGCACUUUCGUUACCAAACGUUGAACGGACAGUACAGAAAGGAGAAGAGGCUGGUAGAUGGCACUGUAAUCGGUACAGAGGGCUGGUUGGACCCUUUGGGGUACCUGCGUCUCAAAGAUUACGUCGCCGAUAGCAAUGGAUUCCGCAUCCUCAGGUCGAAGAUGGUGUACGUGGGCAAAGACCGGCCAAUUUACGACGCAGUGGCGGAGACGAAAAGGGCGCCCCCUCAGACGGGAAUUCUCGUGGACCCGGCCCGACCACCUAACCCUUACAGGCACUGGAAGCCGACCAGCGCCGCCCCGUUAGUGGGCAACGACAUAAGCUCCGGCUACUACGAGAGCACCACCGCCAGACCGCGAGCCUACUACGAUACGAAUCGAGCGGGUUUCGCGCAACAUCCCGGCAGCCAUUACAACCUGCUGCAACGGUCCGACGGUGGCGACAACGCUCGCUACGACAGCCUGAAGAACGACUAUCAGGUGCCUGCGCCAGUGUCCCGCGGCGCUGUUGCCGGGUACCCGGCGUACGACGGGACGCACAGCACCGCGAACGGGUUCCAGUACUACCUGAAACGGCAGUACCACGAGGAGGAACAGGAGCCGACCGGCGGCAACGUCGGCUCGUUCGGUUACGUCGAUCCGUUCGGCAUCAGGCGGGUGAUUUAUUACAAAACGGACCCGCGCGCCGGCGGCGGAUUCGUUCACCAGAAGAACAACAAGUUCGUGGGACUUUCCGGGACGCCGUACGAUCCGUCGCCGCCACGACCCAGGAGAGGCAGCGAGAGAUACAGACGGCAACAGUAAAUAAAUCUUGGCGAAGGUCGAGGAUGGAAAUAUCGUCGAACGUUUCCUCGGGUUGUUGUUAAUAUAACACUGGGUGCCAUAUCGAACAACUUUACUAUUUAUAAUAAUAUCGUUCCGUUAGCAUUAAGGCGACCGCGAGAUGCAAGCAGGCACUUGAUAUCAAAAUGAUUUUAACUCGUAAUUUAGGCGAUAUGUAGUUGUCUAACAGAACCACGGUGACCCGACGUGAAGAAGAUCUGGGUCGUUUGUUUAUUUCUUUUUUUUUGUACUUCUAGACGCUCGACGACACGCGAACGAAUUAAAAAGAGCUGUAAUACAG